UUUUAGUUUUAUUAACCGGAAGUAAAAUGUGGGAUCAAUAUCGCGAUAAACUGCGAGUUUACAAAGCGCAAACGAGCAUUUUGUCCCAACGCGGCUUCCGGAGCGAAACUUCUUUUAAGCACGUGAUCAUAACACGCUGCGAUUUUUCCCGCGAAACCGCGGCGAGAGUCGCGCUGCUGGUCCGGUUCCGGUUCCGGUUCCGUCAGGCUUUGACUUUCCGCGCGCGCUGUUCGUGUUCCACGGUACCGGGAUGUUCUGUGAGAAAGCCAUCGAGUUGAUCCGGGAGCUCCACCGAAUGAGCGACGGACAGCUGCCCGCUUUUAACGAGGACGGACUGCGGCAGGUUCUGCAGGAGAUGGAAGCUCUGUACGACCAGAACCAGAGUGACGUUAACGAGGCAAAAGCUGAAGGUCGAUCCGACCUCAUCUCCUCCAUCAAACUACGUCACUGCUGUUUGUUGAGGAACCAACGCUGUGUCACCGCCUACCUCUACGACCGGCUCCUGAGGAUUCGCGCUCUGCGGUGGGAGUACGGAAGCGUUCUGCCUGCUAACGUCCGCUUCCACAUGUGUGCAGAGGAGGUGCAGUGGUUCAGUCAGUACAAAAAGUCGCUGGCCUCCUUCAUGCGGUCCCUCGGGGGGGGCGAAGGUCUGGACAUCACUCAGGACAUGAAGCCUCCAAAGAGCCUCUACAUCGAGGUGAGGUGUCUGAAGGACCACGGAGAGUUUGAGAUCGACGAUGGAACCGUCAUCCUGCUCAAGAAGAACAGCCAGCACUUCCUGCCGCGAUGGAAAUGUGAGCAGCUGAUUCGUCAGGGCGUCCUGGAGCAUGUGAUGUCCUGAUGGAGGGUUUCUAUUGGUCAAGGACAUCCAGAGCUCUCAUGUCCUGAUUCACGACGUCCCCUGAACACAACAUGGAUACUUUCCUUCUCGCAUUUAAAUAAAGUGUUUUGUCUCCAUUCAGUCUGGUACCUGAAGAAGUACUAAGAAGUAAUACUACAGCUCAGAAAUUCUGUUGUAUAGUAGCUAAGGUACACACUAGUACUCUUUAUGCAAAAUGUAUGAUUCAUUUUAAUUAGAUUAUAAUU